AUGAAACCUGGGAAGACUCAACAAAAACAAAAGGCUGAAGGGAACAACAAAGCCAAAGCUAUGAGAAAUCGUGGCACAAAGGUGCUUCUCACUGGCCGAGAUCCAAUAAAACAGCCGACGCCUUCUGUAUCUCAGCUCCUUCGCGAAUGGUGUUUCCCACCUGCUCCUACACCUUGUGCUAUUUCACAACCAACUAUUCGAAGCUCAUCCCGGGCCGGGUCUUUUGAUGGAGACUUACCGCGACAUAUCCUUCAAACUUCAUCGACUCCUGGGUCUGACAAUCAGCGUAGUGGAAAGAGUGGGGAUUUACUUUCGGGUCCGACAUACCGCCAAGAUGAAGAAACAAUCUACAACGCAGAGGAACUAGUGUCGCCAUCAAACAUUUCUUCAGAGAACCUGGAAGAUGUAGAGUCACGGAAAAAGAAAAGAAAGAGAAAGAUCAGAAGCAAGAAGGGAUGGCUAGGAUUUAGCAUAAUUAAAUGCAAGGAAGACUUUACUAUUCAGGACGGAGGACUAAAAAAUGUCGAAGACGACGAAGACUGCAUCACUUACGAUGCUGAACAUGACGGUUUUGUGUUUGUCGACUUUUUAGGGUUGGACGAUGCCUUUGCACCUUCCAUCAUGAUGCCCCUUUCAAGAAGUCAGUCGGAGGACGAAGAUAGUUCUGACCCAGAAGACAACGAUGAUUUUCAGAAUACAUUGGAACCAUCGUCGGCAGUUGACCCAGAGUAUAAGCAUGCAGGACCUGUUGCGAGAGCUGCGUCUCCUGAAUUGUUUACGAAUAACAACGGCAGUCAAAGUGAUCUUGAGGAACAGCUGAAUGAAGCGAUGGAAAGCUCCCUACCUCGCUUAACGAAGCCACCUGUGAAAGUUGUAGGUAGAUUGCCAAAGUUUGCAUUGCCAAUCAAUGUCAACGACACUAGAUCUGGUGUUGCUAAAUACCUUCAAUCUCUGUCUUCCGCAAGACAGCGACAAGGAGCAUCAUCCACUGGUCCUUGGCAGAUCAUGCCACCCUCACCAGAAGCUCACUCUUUUGACGCUCACGCAAAGAAAACUUCUGGACCAAGCUCUGUUUCUCAAAAGGGCAACUGUCCGAACAACCAAGGAGCAUCGGACUCUAGCCUAGUUACAAAGCAAUUCCUGGUGAAUCCACCUAACUCUCCGAGCGACGAUGUUAAAAUGGGUGAUAAAUUACUUAGGAUGGGUGAGAAUCAGGAUGGCUACACAGAUUUGGAGGAAUCUAUCGAGUUAGUUAUGGAUGAGUAUCUGGCACGUUCUGCCGAGAGCGACUUCUCGGAACCAUAUCCUGAUGAUUUGGAACUACAAGAAGAAGCACGAUCAAACAGCCCGCCUAGAGACUUACGUCACUCAGUUUUUACUUGGACUACAGAUCAGAGUCCCUGA